AUGCAAGCCCUGCUUAUCAGUGGAGGAGAGCAAUGCAUUGGAUUUGCCAUCAAUGGAAGUGAGUUUGAAAAGCCAGAGAAUAAUCCAGCCAUCACUUGUGACUGUACUUAUGACAAAAAUACUACCUGCCACAUCACCAAACUUCGAGUUCAUGCUCUGGACAAACGAGGGGUGUUUCCAAAAGAAUUUGAGGCUUUAAGAUAUCUGGCCGUUUUGUAUGAAGUUUUUCCAACUCCCUUCUCAUAUAAAAGACACAGGAAACUUGAUCUGAACUAUUUCACCGGUCCCCUACCAGCAUUCAUCGGCAAUAUGUCUGCGUUGAAAGUAUUUUACAUGGACAGCUGUGGAUUCGGUGGAGAAAUUCCUUCAACAUUUGCUAAGCUCAUCAACAUGAAAAUCCUCUAUGCAUCAGACAAUCCUUUCUCAGGAAAGAUACCUGCUUUCACUGGGGAUUGGAGAAAACUGAGAUGGGCGAAUCAGUGA